AUGCUUGAGUUCACUGUUUUCAAGGGCUCCGCCAGCGGUGCCAUCGUCCAGGGCAGUACGACCCGCGAUCUGAAGGACACCGAAGUCCUGGUGCGUAUAACCCACAGUGGCGUCUGCUACAGCGACCAGAAUUACCGCACUCAAGACAUGGUCCUCGGCCACGAAGGUGCGGGCACCGUCCUCCAAGUCGGCGCCGCGGUGACGAGGUUUUCCCCAGGGCAGCGGUGCGCAUUUGGCUAUCAGCACUCCUCCUGCAACACGUGCGCCCAGUGCCUGUCGGGCAACGAUGCCUUCUGCCCUCUCAAGGAAUGCUAUGCCUACGCCAACCGUGAUCAAGGCUCCUUUGGCACCGCCGCCAUCUGGGACCAGAACUGGCUAUUCCAUGUGCCGGAGGACCUCGCCAGCGAGCACGCCGCGCCACUAAUGUGCGCGGGGUCGACUGUCUGGUCAGCUUUGCAGCUGUAUCCGGCCAGGCCCACCGACCGGAUCGGCGUGAUUGGGCUGGGGGGCUUGGGACACGUGACAGUCCUAUUUGCGAAGGCAAUGGGCUGUGCUGUUGUGGUCUUCUCGGGGAGCGAGGGGAAGAGAGAAGAUGCCGUCAAGAUGGGCGCGGAUGAGUUCUAUGUGGUGACGCCGCAGACAACGUCGUUGGGUAUCGGCAAGCCUCUGGACCGAUUGCUCGCCACAGGAAAUAAGCAGCCGGAAUGGUCUCUGUUCCUCCCGUUAAUGGCCCCGCGUGCCUCGAUCUACCCGCUUACGAUUGCGUUCGACAACCUCACGGUCCCUUUUAUGCAGUUCGUGCUCGCUGGACUGCGCUUGCAGGGCGCCACCAUAUCUUCGCGGCAAGGGCUCCUAGAGAUGCUAGACUUUGCCGCAAGAAACAAGAUCACGCCAUGGAUUACCGAGUUUCCAAUGACGCUGGAAGGUGUGUCAAACGCGAUGGACACCUUGAAGUCGGGCGGGGUUCGGUACAGAGCAGUGCUUCGGGCAUAG